UCUGCUCAACACCAGAUGUGACCCUGCACAGGAAGUGGAGAACCUCAGCUGCAUAUUAAACAUUAAUGUUGCUUCAGUCUCACGGUGAGCAAGACAGCAUGGAGGUCAUACUUGUCUACAGUAAACUCUGUUUGAUGGUGGUGACUGCACAUGUGCAUACAAGUUAUUCUAAGAUAUCUCAUUCGCCUUUUCAUAUCACUCCAUCCAGACUGCAGCUCUUUGAAUACGAGUCAGUCUAUUUUACCUGUGAAGGUGUUAAUAUUUCAGCCGAAUUGAAAGUGAGGAACAUUCGGCAAAUCCUUUCGAAAUGUUCAAAUAGCACUGUGAUGAAAAGGUGCGGGAUCAAAUAUGCCCUUGCUUCAGAUAGUGGAGAAUACUGGUGUGAGAGUGGGGCAGAGAGGAGCAAUGCUGUCAGUAUCACUGUUUCAGCUGGUGCUGUGAUACUGGAGAGUCCUGUCCAUCCUGUGGUGGAGGGAGAUGCUGCUACUCUGCACUGUAGAAACAAGAUAACUUCCUCAAAUUUCACAGCAGAAUUCUACAAAGAUAACUUCUUCAUGGGCACCAGAUAUGAAGGAAAACUAGAAAUUCAAAAGGUUUUAAUGUCUCAUGAAGGAUUCUAUAAAUGCAAAAUACAUGAAGUUGGAGAAUCACCAGAGAGCUGGAUGGCUAUCAGAAGGAAAUCGAAUGCAGGGGAAGAUUCGUCUUUUCGUAUAACUGCAUCCAGACUGCACCUUUUUGAAACUGAGUCAGUCUAUUUUACCUGUAAAGGGUUUAAUAUUUCAACCGAUUGGAAAGUGAGGAAUGCCAGAGAAAUCGUUUCUCAAUGUUCAAAUGGCAGUGCGACAAAGACCUGCAGGAUUGAUCAUGCCUCUGCUUCAGAUAGUGGAGAAUACUGGUGUGAGAGUGGGGCAGAGAGGAGCAAUGCUGUCAACAUCACUGUCUCAUCUGGUGCUGUGAUACUGGAGAGUCCUGCCCAUGCUGUGGUGGAGGGAGAUGCUGUUACUCUGCACUGUAGAAACACGAACACUUCCUCCAAUUUCACAGCAGAUUUCUACAAAGAUAACUUCUUCAUGGGCACCAGAUAUGAAGGAAAACUAGAAAUCCCUGAUGUUUCAGAGUCUCAUGAAGGACUCUAUAAAUGCAGAAUACAUGGGGUUGGAGAAUCACCAGAGACCUGGGUGGCUAUCAGAAGAAAAUCCAAUGCACAGGAAGUACCUCAUGAAGAAAUUGCUUUUUCACACAAUUUCUACAUCUUGCGGUGCACAGCUGUGACGGUUGGGUUGGCUCUGCAGCUGCUGGUGUUGGGACUACUUCAGUGGAAGCUGCAACUGGUGCUCAGUGUGCUCUUGCUUCUGACCUCACAUUUUCAGUGAAAUUGUGCCUCGAGAAGUGUUGAUGCUGUGAUCUGAGAGUCCUGCUCAUAAUGUGAUAGCUGCAAUAAUAACACAUUGUCCACCAGCCUCCUGCCAGUUUUCCAUAAGAAUUGGUAUAAACUUCACAUGACUCUACAAGUGCAUAUUGUCAUAUGCUGUGGGAGUGUCUGGUCGGAUGUGGUCCAGGUUCCUGUUGUCCAUCCCCUGGGGUGGAGUUGGCCAGCUCAUCACCUGCUUCCAAUUUCCGGGCCUCCAUCUAGAGGGUUUUUAAGCCAGCGCUGCCUGCCACUCCUCGCCAAUUCCUCCUGCUACCACCCGUGAUUCAUCACCUGUCGUGCUCAUCAGCAGCACUGGUUCUGUUUCCAUCCCGUUCUCCAGUCUGCCUAGAACCCUGGGACUACACACUCACCUUCUCCUCAGCCUGCCCUCCAGCCCGUACUUCAACUCCCCUGGAGACCUUGGAACCUGGACCAGCUCCCCCACACGCUCAACCAUCCCUGGGACGCUCCCACGGCAACCUCUUCCCCGCCUAAUAGCCGGUGUUUUCAAAAGUUCCCGCCCGUGUUCUCCUUGUGUUCAACGUCCGUUUCGCCGCCCUCGGGCCUCCCUCAGUUCCUGCGAAUAUUUUCUGUUAGAUCCAGUCUUGUUUAAAUUCCUUUUCCUUCAAUAAAUUGUACAUAGUUCGAGCAAUUGAGUCUGCUCUUGAGUCCACUGCAUCCUUGUUUGUGACACAUAUUACAAUUGGGCCAAACAAUUCAGAGAAAGCUGGCUAUCAGAGUUGAGACAUAGACUUGCUUCCAAACCUUAUGAUUAAUACAGACGCAUUAUAGAGACGCAGUUAGGACUAAGAUAUGGGUUUAACCCUGUUGAAUUAUUUGCAGCAUGUCCAUUUAACUUUAAAAUGCUGACUUAGAAGACUGGUUUUUUUUCCUCCAAAGUGAAAUAAGUGCACUGUGGGAAAUUCAUGUUUUCAAUACGUGACUACAUGUACUUUCUGGUGCCUUUGCUUCACAGAGAGGCUCGUCUCUGUUCCAACUAUUGUAAUGAUGGCUCUGCUCUUGCAGCUGCUGGUGAAGGAUGCCUUUACUGGCAGCCAGCAAGACAAGGAUUAAAUGUGUCUUUAAACAUAGGUGUACUGGAAUCUUUGCUCACAAAGAAGUAACCUGUGAGGUAUUUGUCAUCUAUCAUUAUAUUAUUAAAUGUAUGUUUAUCUUUUUGCAGUCAGGUGAAAGUAGAAUCAUUCUAACUUUCAAACAUCUAAAAGAUAUUUUUCAAAAUGUUUUUUUCUCUUUUUAUUUGAAACAUGUAGUUGAGGUUUGGGGCUAUUGUUGUAGUUUCUCAUGAUGUCUUGACCCUCGAGGUUAAAACAAAACAUAGGUGUAAUAUGGUAUCGACAUGCUGUUGUCUCCACAUUUAUUUUUGCAAAGGCAGUUGCAAAAAUUAAAAACCACAGCCUCUAGACACAUGUACAUUUUUAAAGGCCUGGACGGGGUUUUGUCAGCAGUCUUUUUACAGGUUCUACUACAUGCAGUUCAGUAAGUCCUAAGCAUCUGAAAGAAGGACACAGUUUAAGUGAAUAAGAACAUGCUUUCACAAAAAAAGCUUUUUAAAAUGUUUUUUUUUCUUUUUUUGCACAAAGAGCUGGAUUUAAACCUAAAAAAUGAUUUUAUGACUAUACUAUAAUCUCCAUAAAAGGAAUGAUCAACAGUAGGUGAAACCAUUGAGACUCAGACACAUGAAUUUGUAAAAUCAAUAGAAAAAUACAACUAAAAGCUAAUUUAUAGAAGCCACCAGAAACACACAAAAAGCUUUUUUAUUGAUCAUAGAUUAAACUUAAAAUAAUAUAUACAGACUAAUAAAAUUCUC